AUGGCGACCUCAACCAUUGCCCCGUCGCCUCAGACCGUCACGAGCCUGGUGCUGAAGCUGAGCGAUGCAGACCCGGACUUUCGGUUCAUGUCGCUAAACGACUUGCUGCAGCUGUUGCAGGUGGCCAAGCCUGACUUCCUGCUCCAUGACUACAACACAGCGGCCCGCGCAGUGGACGGCAUCAUCAAAACGCUAGACGACCAGAACGGCGAGGUUCAGAACUUGGCCAUCAGAUGCUUGGGUCCUCUUGUCGGCAAGGUGCCGUUGCCGAUUAUCGCGCCAAUGAUCGACAAGCUGUCGUCUCUCAAGCUCAGGAAUUCUGUCGACAAUGCUGUCCCGUCACUUGCACUUCGAUCCGUCAUCAUAGCUCUUCCUCGCCCCGUGCCUGGUAUCGCAGCCGCCGCCGAUGUUCAGACAGCGUACGACGCUAUUCACCGAGUCCUCAUUCCUCGAUUGAUAGGACCGGCGGCACCAGCUCAAGCUCGACAAGGCGGCAAGUCCACCUCGCUGGGUGCGCCACCAGGAAUCCUGCAAGAGGGCAAUGACCUACACCCCGAGGCCGUGGACGUCUUGAUCGAGGUUGUCCGAUGCUUCGGCCCCAUGCUGCAGUGCGUAGAGGUCGAAGCCAUGCAGCAAGUUGUUAUGCAACUACUCGAGAGCGAAAAGGGUACAUCGGUGGUGAAGAAGAGAGCUGUUGUUGCCAUCUCAAUGCUUGCCGUCUAUCUCGGGGACGAGCAUUUGGAACAUGUCAUACAAAAAUUGACCUCUGGCCUGGCCGAUGCCAACACUGGCGCCGUUACUCGGCGUCUCUAUAUUUCCAUAAUGGGCAGCAUGGCACGCUCCAUCCCCGCCCGGUUCGGCCCACACAUUGCCAAGGCUGCGCCCUUUGUCUUGCAGGCUCUUUCGGACGAAGAGCUUCAGAGGCAUCUUGAGAAAAUCAGUGACGGAGACGAUCUCGGACCAGAGUUCAACGAAGUCAGGGAGGCAGCGUUGGUGUCCAUGGAGGCUUUCCUAGCUUCCUGCCCCCAAGAGAUGCGCCCCUUUACCGAUGAUGUCAUGUCAUCUGCUCUGCGGUAUCUCAAAUACGACCCCAACUAUGCGGUUGAUGACGAUGAGGAUAUGGAUGUAGACGAGGACGAGGACGACGAUGAUGAUGAUGAUGACGAGUUUGACGCCGAUGAUGGAUUCGAGGAUGACGAUGAUGACGCAAGUUGGAAAGUCCGUCGAUGCGCUGCCAAGUUACUCUACACUCUCAUCUCAACCCGUGGAAGCGGCGACCUCUUGGAAAACGGAGUCUUGUACAAGCAAGCCGCCCCCUCGCUCAUCAAACGCAUUGAUGAGCGGGAAGAGAAUGUCCGGUUGGAGAUCAUAUCCGCCUUGGCACUUCUUGUGCGCAAGACUGGCGAGGGACUGCAUAUUGCGGACUUGUCCCUGGAUGACUCGGAAGCCGCCGCCGCGACGCAGGCGCCUCUCAAUCGCAAGCGGCGACGCCAGAGCAGUGCCGGCGCAGCGACCACUGUCUCACGGUUUAUGGCUGGCUCGGGUCUCGCCUCGCCCGCCUCGGAAAAGGUUCCUGCCACCGGCCCUCGAGCCGACCUGGCCCAGCUUACUUCUACGAUUGUCAAGGCUUCCAUCAAGCAGCUCAAGAGCAAGACGGUUUCUACAAAGCAAUCCAUUGUCAAUCUGCUGGACGACAUCGUACUGGCACAAUCUGGAGGCUUGGCAACCUUCUUUGCCGACUUGAUUGGUCCAAUCCUGGAAGCGGCAAAGGCAACCGGCCAUGGCGCCGCCGCAUCUUCACUGGCGACUGCGGGUGGUUCUGCUUCUGCUACUCCGAGCACUCUCCGAGUUGCCACGUUGAGGCUGCUGAGUGACACGCUAAAAACUCAUUCAUAUUCGGCUCUCCAGCCCUACCUAGCAAAGAUUGUUGCCGGCGUCACUGCAGCAGUCCACGACCGGUUCUACAAGAUCUCGAGCGAGGCCAUUCGAACCGCGGAGGAGCUCGUCAAAGCCAUCGCGUCCCCGCGCUCUCGAAAUGCAGGCUCAACAACACACAGGGCGGAGCUGGAAUCACUCUACAAUGUCCUAAUGGAUAGGUGCUCCGCAAACGACGCCGACGCCGAGGUUCGCCAAAGAGCGAUCCACGCUUUGGGGGUCCUGGUAUCGAGAACGUUGGGAGAAGACGCCGGCUUGCUCCCUGCCGAGAAACGCCAGCUGGCUCUCGACGUCCUGAGAGAGAGGCUCAAGAAUGAGACCACCAGGCUUGCCGCGGUCCGCGCCGUUGAUAAUGUUGCAGCCUUCGCCUCGAGCCCUGGCCAAUUGGAUGAGCUUUGGACUCAAGAUGUAGCGCUCGAGCUUUCAGCUCAGCUACGAAAGGCCAACAGAUCUCUCCGUGGAUCCAGCGUCAACGCCUUGAAAAACCUGAUUCUCGCUCCUGCUGCAAAGAAUCAGCUCAAACGGGCUACGGUCGAGGGAGUUGUCUCGGCGUUGAUGCCGGCCAUUACAGACGGCGACACUCAUCUUCUAGGACCUGCGCUCCUGAUCUUGGCUAGUCUGGCUCCCGAGAACCCAGAAAUCGUUGUCUCGGAGGACAUGAUAGGCGCACUUUGCCAGCUCUUGACAUCUCACUUUGCCGGCAUCGUACUGGAUCAGCUUCUUGAACUGGUUGCCAGAAUCGGCGAGAGCGGUGCCAGCAAGCCUCUGAUGAAGGGAAUUCUCGCCAAAGUCAGCAUAUCUGGAGAUCCCUCGGUCGUGGGAAAGGUUAUAGGAACGCUUCUUGUCAGGGGAGACGCUUCGGCAGGGGUUUCCAUCGACAGCUUCAUCGCAGAGCUCCAACGCAGUUCCAGAAGCGGCGAUGAAGCCCGCGUCUGCCUCGCUCUAACCGUCCUAGGCGAGACUGGUAUGCGACUCGGUCCGGCAUCGCCCAUGAGGCCGGACCUGUUCUUGAGUCAGUUCCACGCAGAGCCGGACAAGGUGUCCCUCGCUGCCUCGAUUGCUCUCGGUCGCGCCGGAUCCGACAACGUUGCACACUUCCUCCCGGUGGUCUUGGACAAGAUGCAGGCUGGGGGAAACACGCAAUACCUCCUCAUUCAGUCCAUCAAGGAGAUACUUCAGUCUGUCACAGGUCAAUCUGUCGCCGAUCUGCUCGAGUAUGCAGUUCCCAUUUGGGAGCAGCUUCUCAGGGCUUCCGAAACGGCCGACAACAGGGCCGUAUGCGCAGAGUGCGUGGGCCGGCUCGUGACGCUCGAUCCCGGGACAUUCAUGCCCAAGCUACAGACUUUACUCAAGGACAAAUCGUCGGGAAUACGCGGCAUGGCAGUCCAGGCCGUCCGAUACACUCUGCCCGAAACUGAAGAGUUGUUUGAUGCUAUGCUCAAGGCGACGCUCAUCAGCAUGCUCUUUACCAUGUUGCAGGAUGCGGACACGGAAAUCAGAAGACUGGCAAUGACGACACUGAACUCUGCAGCUCACAACAAGCCCGACCUGAUACUGCCGCAUCUCGGGGAGCUCAUGCCGUUUGUGUUGGCUGAAUCCGUCAUCAAGCCGGAACUUGUCAAGGAAGUCAUGCUGGGUCCAUUCAAGCAUACCGUGGAUGAUGGAUUAGAAGUUCGAAAGAGCGCGUAUGAAACUCUGUACGCCCUCAUGGAAACAGCGUUUACGCGCAUCAACAACAUCGACUUUUACGACCGUGUUGUCGCCGGCCUCAAGGAUGACAAUGACAUCCGGCAGCUCUGCAACCUCAUGGUGACGAAGCUCAUCGUGAUUGACCCCGACGAAACUGCUCGCAGACUCGACUCCAUUGCAGAGGCGUACAGGGGCGUCUUGUCGGUCAAGCUCAAGGACAAUGCCGUCAAGCAGGACGUCGAGAAGCAGGAAGAAGCAAUCAAGAGCGUUUUGCGCGUCACCCUGCUGCUGGGGGAAAAGAUGAAGGCCAUGACAGGCAACGCCGGGGCCGUGAUGAGCAACGCAGGAGCGCCUGGCGUGUGGGCGUCGUACUGGGAACGCGUCAACAAGGAGUUUGAAAAGCAGCUGAGAGGGCUUCGUGACGAGACCAAAGAGCUGCAGACCCGUAUGAUUUGA